AUGACCCCGUUCGACCCUGUGGACAAUACAACCAGCUACCCUGGUCUUCGACAAGGCUACUCAGGCCCAACCGCUGAGGUUCUCCGCAGAGGAGACUCUCCGAUUGCGUUGUUCUUCUAUUUCAUACCGGUUGUAUUGUGGCAGCAUAUUGCCGCCAGCUCGAACGAGUAUCGUCGUGAGAUCCUACCACUUCGCAUUGAUGCCGCUUACCAACGCUAUUGGCGGUAG